UACUUUUCAUAACGCUGACUCACCAUCGCAGGCAAGGAUGCAAAAAGCGAAUUAGCUCAUCAUCAAAAUUAACCAGGGGCACAAAGCAAGCCUCGACCAGCUAAAAGGGGGCACUAUUAUCUAUUCACCAUCUACGGAUAAAGGAUCUCAACGAGUGAGCCAAAGCACGACCAACCCGUAACGAUUACCAUAAAAUCGCCGGAAAAAAGGGUCAAACCGUUGGCCAAAUUCUUCCAAUUCCAUCUCACCCGAACACGCAGACAAUGUGGGUCAGAACGUCAUCAAUAUACUAAUCGUUCCGUUCUGAUCCCAUCCUGCCCGUAUCCUAGCAGCAGCAGCAAACAAGACGUCUCAACUUUUAUAACAACAUCAACAAAAACAACAAACUUGAAUCGAAUCCAGAGAAAGAAACUCUACUAAGCCAGACUGUGGCAGCCCGACAGGGUCAAGAUACGGGUCGUUUAUCAAUGGUGGAUUUAUUUGAAAUGUGCGCUUCUCACCUUGCAGCCAACACUCCACGCCACCCACCGUCUGCGGAGGAAACAGUAGUAGAGUGAGCAGUUUUACGUGCCAGUAACAGUGAAUCUAGGUGAAAAGCUUAACUUUUUACAGAACAAUCCGGAUGGGUGAGAAAAGCGUGGUCGAAGCUUACUUUUCAACUCGUGGUCUCCGAGGUGCGUGAACGUGGGCUGAAGAAAAGCCAUCGCCGGGGAAGACGUGCUUCUGUGCGCGCUGUCAAGAAGUUUAUCUCUGUGGGCAUUCUUUCCCGAAGUGAUUUAGGUUAAUGGAUCAAGUGAGUGAGAGCGGUAAAGCCACAGGAAAAAUUCACGGAAUUAAGUGAUGUUGUGAGGGGGCUCUUUUUGGGGGAAGGGAAGAGUGAAGUGUCUCAAAAAAAAAGAAAAACCAGAACCGGCGAAGAUUUAAUCACGUUUUUAUUAAAGCAUCGAAGUGACAGGAAAUCCAAUUAAUAGAGAUACAGUUCGUGUGGUUGUAUCGGAAGGAUUCUUCUGCCCUUUGCUUAAAUGGAAUCUGAUUACUUUUCAUAACGCUGACUCACCAUCGCAGGCAAGGAUGCAAAAAGCGAAUUAGCUCAUCAUCAAAAUUAACCAGGGGCACAAAGCAAGCCUCGACCAGCUAAAAGGGGGCACUAUUAUCUAUUCACCAUCUACGGAUAAAGGAUCUCAACGAGUGAGCCAAAGCACGACCAACCCGUAACGAUUACCAUAAAAUCGCCGGAAAAAAGGGUCAAACCGUUGGCCAAAUUCUUCCAAUUCCAUCUCACCCGAACACGCAGACAAUGUGGGUCAGAACGUCAUCAAUAUACUAAUCGUUCCGUUCUGAUCCCAUCCUGCCCGUAUCCUAGCAGCAGCAGCAAACAAGACGUCUCAACUUUUAUAACAACAUCAACAAAAACAACAAACUUGAAUCGAAUCCAGAGAAAGAAACCCAACUAAGCCAGACUGUGGCAGCCCGACAGGGUCAAGAUACGGGUCAUUUAUCAAUGGUGGAUUUAUUUGAAAUGUGCGCUUCUCACCUUUCAGCCAACACUGCACCCCACCCACCGUCUGCGGAGGAAGCAGUAGUAGAGUGAGCAGUUUUACGUGCCAGUAACAGUGAAUCUAGGUGAAAAGCUUAACUUUUUACAGAACAAUCCGGAUGGGUGAGAAAAGCGUGGUCGAAGCUUACUUUUCAACUCGUGGUCUCCGAGGUGCGUGAACGUGGGCUGAAGAAAAGCCAUCGCCGGGGAAGACGUGCUUCUGUGCGCGCUGUCAAGAAGUUUAUCUCUGUGGGCAUUCUUUCCCGAAGUGAUUUAGGUUAAUGGAUCAAGUGAGUGAGAGCGGUAAAGCCACAGGAAAAAUUCACGGAAUUAAGUGAUGUUGUGAGGGGGCUCUUUUUGGGGGAAGGGAAGAGUGAAGUGUCUCAAAAAAAAAGAAAAACCAGAACCGGCGAAGAUUUAAUCACGUUUUUAUUAAAGCAUCGAAGUGACAGGAAAUCCAAUUAAUAGAGAUACAGUUCGUGUGGUUGUAUCGGAAGGAUUCUUCUGCCCUUUGCUUAAAUGGAAUCUGAUUCCAAACCACCAAUGAUUAACAGUGCCGUCAUUAAAUCAUCCAUAAACAGCGAAAUAAAUUAAACAUCCACAAGACCGUACCGCGCUACCAGAGAACCAGGCUGCGAAAAUAUUUCCAUUCCGCGUGACUGCCCAACAUCGCCAGACAAAACAAACGGCGGGUUGACAGUUGCGGUGUGUUCCAUUCCUAUCCCGCCGGAGGUGCUGAUUGAUAUUAUCGACACUGGCAAAUCAAGUUCAAUGAGACCGCUGAGGCAUCACCGUCGACGAAUGACCAUCGACAGUCCAAUCACCAGCGGAUGCACGGAAAACCACCAACCGACGAUGAAAGCGGUGGUUAAAAAUUAAUACUCUGCAUGCAGGUGGCACUCGGGAGGUGGUAUUAUGUUGAGAUUGAAUCGACCACCACCGGCCACAUCCGGACAGCAGUCGAUGACAGCCGGUUUUACCGGGUAUUUUAGGGCCUACCAUCAGCUGUUACUGUUGGUGAUCACUGCCGGUUUGAGCUCCGAUUUCGUCACCGGUGCUGCUAGUUCCAAUGGCAUCGACAUGGACGAUUGGCCUUCCCUUUCCGCAUCGUCGCAGCUGUGCGGAGGAACCCUAACCGCUAGCCAUGGCACAAUUCAGACGCCUAACUUUCCGGAACGUUUCCCGGUUCCGAUCAGCUGUACCUGGAUCAUCGAUGCCUCGGCAGUAGUCGGAGCGAACAACUCCAUUGUGGUGUAUCUUACCCAGCAGUACGUUCUCAGCGGGCUACGGUUCACCGAGUAUAUGUACUACAGUGAGGACUAUAAAGUGCCAAGUAUGAAUGUUUUUGAAUUGAGUGAAGACGAUGUGACCAAUGUACCGUGGAUAAAGUUCAACAGUCCGUACCUGGAGAUACGGUUCACCAUGGAUAACCUGUACGGGACGCAUCUGAGGGCGUUGGAUCGCUUGCUGGAUGUGUACGGGUUUAACAUCACCUACGAAGUCGAUACCGUCAAAUCGUACCAGUGCAAUGCGCUGCAGUGCCGCUUCCUGGGUCACUGCUACGCGAAGCAGGAUUAUUCAUCCUACUACUGCGACUGCUAUCCGGGCUUCAGUGGCAUCGAUUGUGGCUAUGGACCGCUCUGCAAGGAUUCGCAUAUCUGUGAGAACGGAGGCACGUGCAAACACAUCGGUGACACCGCCGUCAGCUGUAUUUGCCCUCCAGGGUUCAAGGGCAACAAAUGCGAGAUAAGCGAGUACGACGAAAUUACAGGUUGCCAUCUGGAUAACGGAGAGGACUGCUUUCGCCAGUGCAUUUACACCGAGGACGGCGGCAAGGACGCUUGCAAAUGUGAUCAAAGCAUAUCGUCUUCCGCACGCGGUCGAUCCAAAUACGGAGUGACAGUGCGAUUGAUGAACGCAUCCUACUUCGAAACGAACGAAAACGGUGAUCGGCAGCUGAAUGAAAAUAUGGUCAACCUGUUGGAGAAGCAUGUAAGUACGAUCACACAGAAGACGCGCAGUUGGCACUUACCGAUAUGAUGCGGUUUAAGUGCGAAACAAAACAUACAAAUAUUGAUGUAUCAGAUGCUAUCAGUAAUCGUAUUUUUACUGUGGCAAUAAUAGCAAAGCAUUUGCAGACUGUAUUUCUGUAUUCGUAUUAGUGUAUUAUUUUAAUAGGCUCGAGUAAUAUAUCGGUUAUAUUACCUUAUUUUCGACAUGAGCUGUUCUUAGAAUAAUUAAGCUA